GAGAGCUGCCAGCGUUACAACCAGAGCUAACAACAACAGAAAACCCCGCACGGCUAGCGUUCAAAUUCAACCCAACAAAGAGGGGGCAAACUGCUUCCAUCUGGUGUGUGCUGACGCAGAUGGACGUCAGGACUCGACAUUGACGAACGGAAGCGACACAUUCCUCCUCCUUCUCCUCAGCAUCUUGCUCCAUCACCUCCUGUCACGCUGGCAAUGUCAAGAGUCCCGAGUCCCCCUCCCCCGGCGGAAAUGUCCAGCGGGCCUGUGGCGGAGAGCUGGUGCUACACACAGAUCAAAGUGGUUAAGUUCUCUUACAUGUGGACCAUCAACAACUUCAGCUUCUGUCGUGAGGAGAUGGGCGAGGUCAUCAAGAGUUCAACUUUCUCCUCUGGGGCCAACGACAAACUGAAAUGGUGUUUGCGAGUGAAUCCUAAGGGCCUGGAUGAGGAAAGCAAAGAUUACCUGUCCCUCUACCUGCUGCUGGUCAGCUGUCCGAAGGCAGAGGUGCGCGCAAAAUUCAAGUUCUCCAUUCUCAACGCCAAGGGAGAGGAGACCAAAGCCAUGGAAAGCCAGAGGGCAUACCGCUUCGUCCAAGGGAAAGACUGGGGCUUCAAAAAGUUUAUCCGGAGAGAUUUCCUUCUAGAUGAGGCCAACGGCCUCCUGCCUGACGACAAGCUCACGCUCUUCUGCGAGGUAAGUGUGGUGCAGGAUUCCGUCAACAUAUCUGGUCAAAAUACAAUGAAUAUGGUGAAGGUGCCUGAUUGCCGGCUAGCUGACGAGCUUGGGGGCCUUUGGGAGAACUCGCGCUUCACAGACUGCUCCCUGUGUGUGGCUGGGCAGGAGUUUCAGGCCCACAAAGCUAUCUUAGCCGCACGCUCCCCUGUCUUUAGCGCUAUGUUUGAGCAUGAAAUGGAAGAGAGCAAAAAGAACCGUGUGGAGAUCAAUGAUGUGGAGCCGGAGGUUUUCAAGGAGAUGAUGUGCUUCAUUUACACAGACAAGGCUCCAAACCUGGACAAGAUGGCUGACGACCUCCUCGCAGCAGCUGAUAAGUACGCCCUGGAGAGACUUAAGGUCAUGUGUGAAGACGCGCUGUGCACGAGUCUGUCUGUGGAGAAUGCUGCCGAGAUCCUCAUCCUCGCUGAUCUGCACAGCGCUGACCAGCUCAAAACGCAGGCAGUCGACUUCAUCAACUACCACGCUGCAGAGGUGAUGGAGACAGCAGGGUGGAAGUCCAUGGUGGCGUCUCAUCCACACCUGGUGGCCGAAGCUUACCGCUCCCUCGCGUCUGCCCAAUGCCCUUUCCUCGGACCCCCACGCAAGCGCCUCAAACAGUCCUAACACCCUGACAGCAAGACAUCUAACACACCCAUGCUCGCAUGCAUACACACACAGAAACACACAGGUUUACCCUCCUGGCCCCAGACUCACAGGGACAACCUUUCCCCCUUGCUUUUACCUAGAGCCUCCCCCAAAUGUUCCCCUUCUGCCCCAUCCAGAACCUGCUGUAUUUAGGAGAUGGAAGAGAAGGAUAGGUGGGCUUGUGAAGCAAAUGGUUGUUGUUUACAAAAAAAAAAACUCUCAACAAAGUCCCCCUUCUCCCUGGCUCUGGCUAAGUGAGGUCUGACAUCGCGCUCUUUUCCGUGUAUCCUUGGACAUCCUGCUAGUUUCUACUUCGGAGUCCGUUUAGGGGGGCUACUGGUCGUGAAACCCAGUAAGAGCCAACUGUGUGAAAGUUAGGAAGAUGGUGGUACUGCGCCAUAUAGAGUUUUUAAAAGUCAAUUUUAUCCUAAAGCUUCUUAGAGUUUGGAAUGAGGUGACCAGAGAAGAACCCAAACUUAAAGACAUGUGACAUACUUAAAAAGUGGGCCUAUAGUUCUAAACUAAAAGCCCCGCCCCAAGAAAGGCAACCAAGGGCUAGUCUGAAAAGCAGAAAUAGGAUGAAAUAAUCAAAAUUUUCCCAAAGAAAGUUGGGAAAACGUUGCACUAAAGUUACAGGUCACCGCUUGCCAACCCUUACCAGCAGUAAUGUAGAAAUACUGUAGGCAAGCACACAAUGAAGCAAGCUUCAUGGACUAAAGACCCAGCUGGACCGCCUCCAACAAGUACCCUUUAAGAUCUAUCAGCGAGUGACAAAACCAACACAUGUACUUCUGUAUAGAACUGUCCAAGCUUCACCUGCAUCUGUGUUUAUUAUUUAAAUAGCUGGAAAAAAAGAGGAUACAGAAAAUUGCAACGCACAACAGGAUGUCAGUCUUGGGGAAAUUGUAUUUUGUGUGUGGAUCUGUGUUUGUAGCCCUUGAGAGGAGUAUCUUGUCCAAGGAGUCAGAAAUCAUCCACCAGGAGACAACAAAGGGAGGAAAAAUGUCAAGAAAUGGUUACAGAUAACAUUAGGCUUCAAAGAGGCAUGUCGAUGUUUUGUUGUGACAGAUUUCGUAUUUGUUUUUUUGUCUAUUAUUUUUUUUCCUCAGAACUGUUCUAUUUUUUUCAUAAAAUUUGUACAGAUGCUAGUGUUUUUGAAGCUGUAAAACAGAAGGUUUUUAAUGAUGAAACUGAAAGUGGAGAGUUUUUUUUCUUUGCAGGCAUGAAGACUGAAGGGAAAUCAAAUUGAAAUGAACACGUUUUAAUGUUCAGAAAAAAAUUGAGGAAAAAAAAAACCCAUGCAAAAUACAUCUGAAGUUAUCAUUUUAACCUGGUGGAAAAUGGUAACUGAUGGAAGGAACCAUUGUUGUUUAUUUCCUGUAGAUAUAUCUAAUUUUGAAAAGUGACACUUAGUUGUUGCCAUUUUUUUGUUCCCAGAAAAAUAAACCACAACUAUUUUGUAUUGAAUGCAGCUCAAAUGUUGUCUGUGUAUUUGUAUAUAAAUUAAAUGAAAAUGUGUGUUUCCUUCUUUUACAAACUCUUACGUCGAGUGAAGUUGGCAUUGUCCUGCUAAAAUAAGCAGAGAGGUCCC